AUUACAGAUCGACAGGAAACUUCCUGUUUCAAUCUAAGUCUUCCUCGUUUUAAACAGCAUGGUAAUUAAAUUUUUACUCCUCGUCGUGUUCUUGGUGUGUACCUGCUACGGCAGUCUUUCUGAUGUCUUCCUGGAUAAAGAAUGGGAGGACUUUAAACGUGUCUAUGGGAAAAUCUACUCUCAGCAGGAGGAAAACAGGAGAAAAUUAAUAUGGCGACAGAAUCUUGAUGUCAUCAAUAAACACAAUAUUAAAGCUGACCUGGGACACCAUAGCUAUAGAUUGGGAAUGAAUAAAUAUGGCGACAUGACGAGUGAAGAGGUGUCAGCGACCUUGAACGGUGCCAGGGGCUUCAGCCUUGUCAAUGGGAGUACAUUCCUACCACCUAACAAUCUGAAGAUUCCAGACACUGUAGACUGGAGAUCAAAGGGCUACGUUACUCCUGUUAAAGACCAGGGUAAUUGUGGAUCAUGUUGGGCUUUUUCAGCCACUGGUGGGUUAGAGGGACAACACUUUCGUAAAACAGGAAAACUAGUAUCUUUGUCCGAGCAGAAUCUUCUUGAUUGUAGCAAAGAGAACAUGGGAUGCCGUGGAGGACUUCCAUCGAAAGCUUACCAGUACAUUAAAAACAAUGGAGGAAUUGAUACUGAAGAAUCCUAUCCAUACCAAGGAACGGAUAAGAACACUUGCCGAUACCGACCGUCAGAAGUCGGGGCUACUUGUACGGGCUUUGUUCAGGUUUCGCCCGGCAAUGAGCUGAACCUCCAGAAGGCAGUGGCCAGUGUCGGUCCAAUCACAGUGUGUAUUGACGCAAGCAAGCAAACAUUCCAUCUAUACAAAGAAGGUGUAUACGAUGAUGACACUUGCAGUAGCCUCAUAUUUGACCAUGCUGUGUUGGUUGUUGGGUAUGGCGUAUACCAGGGGAAAGACUACUGGCUGGUAAAAAAUAGCUGGAACAAAUCGUGGGGUAUGGAUGGCUACAUAAUGAUGUCCAGGAAUAAGGACAAUCAGUGUGGAAUUGCAAACCAUGCCGUGUAUCCAACUGUGUGAAGAAAAC